AUGGUUUCGAGGCGGAUGCGAUGGUCGUGUGUGUACAUGGUGUGGUUGGAGUCCAGAGGCUUCAAGCAUCGGGGCCUUAGUCAUCUCGAGAAUGCUCGGGCGGCGAUUGCCGCUAUCAAAUGCAAGGACCUUCACAACAUGCACAUCAGCCUGCGCCUACAGAAGACGCCGUAUGUCUGCGCUAGCUGCACUCAACGUAUAGCAAGCGCGUCGGCUCAGAUACGACGCUACCAUGGUACUGCCGGGCAGUGGAGAGGGAUCAGCACGAUUCGACAAGGACCAUCAGGCACGUUUCCGUUCAACAUCGCGUCCUUAUCACGACAACCACUUCGCAAUGCAUUCAGCACAGCCGCGACUGUUCGGGGGCGCCUCCGUGUCGCCAUCAUUGGCUCUGGACCUGCAGGCUUCUACACGGCGUACCGACUCAUGAGCAAGAACCAAGAUGCUGUGGUUGACAUGUACGAGCAACUUCCGGUACCUUAUGGACUCGUCCGCUAUGGCGUCGCACCCGACCACCCCGAGGUCAAGAACUGCCAGGACACGUUCGAAGAGGUAGCGCAAUCGCCGCGAUUCAACUACAUCGGCAAUGUCAGGGUCGGACAUGAUAUCGAAUUGGCCAAAAUGAAACCCCACUACGACGCGAUACUCUUCUCUUAUGGCGCAAGUGAGGACAGACAGCUGGGGAUACCUGGUGAAGAUCUGCCGGGUGUGUACUCGGCUAGGUCUUUUGUGGGAUGGUACAAUGCUCUGCCACAGUUUGCCAGCCUGAAGCCCAACCUCCAAGCGGGCGAGCAGGCAGUCGUCAUAGGCCAGGGCAAUGUCGCCCUCGAUGUCGCGCGUAUACUGCUGAGCCCUGUCGAUUGCUUACGGCAUACCGACAUAUCCGAGCAGGCUAUACAAACCCUUUCAGAGAGCAGGGUGCGCUCUGUAAGGGUGGUUGGCCGGCGUGGGCCAAUCCAGGCUGCAUUCACUGUCAAAGAAGCUCGCGAGCUGAUGAAUAUCCCUUCCGUCGCCUUCGACCCCGUCGACCGCUCCUUGUAUCCAUCCGAGAUCAAGAAGCUGCCCCGUGUACAGAAACGAAUAGCCGAGGUUCUACUCAAGGGCAGCAAGGCAACCAAGGAAGAGACGGCACGAUCAUGGGCUCUCGAGUUCAUGCAAGCACCCAGGUCCAUGCACGCAGACGCUGGCCAACUUGCAUCCAUUGCCUUUACGAAGCAACGGUUCGUCCCCGACGCCGACCCCUUCGACCAACGUGCCCGCGUCACACCUACAAAUGAAGAGACAUCCAUGGAAGCGUCGCUAGCAUUCAGAUCCGUGGGCUACAAAUCAACCGGCCUGCCUGGUCUUUCUGACAUUGGCGUACCCUUCGACGACAAACUUGGAAUAAUACCCAAUGACAUGCACGGCCGUGUGAUCACGCCAUCCGCAGGGCCCGGCAAUCUGACAGCUGGCCAUGUCCAUGGGCUAUACUGUGCAGGCUGGGUAAAGCGUGGACCUACUGGUGUCAUCGCCAGUACUAUGCAAGACGCCUUUUCGUCUGCAGACAUCAUUGCGCAAGAUUGGGAGGCCAACGUACCGUUCUUGAAUGACACCAGUGGCGACAACAGAAGCACAGGUCUUGGAUGGGAUGGUAUCAAGGAUAUCGUGACAGGCGUGAGACCGCUAGCUUGGUCGGAUUGGAAGAAAAUCGACCAUGCUGAACGAGCCAGAGGCAAGAGUAAAGGCAAGGAGAGGGAGAAGUUCCAGAGCGUUGAAGAGAUGCUCAAGAUCUUGGAUGCAUAG